AGAGAUUCCGUAGGUGAAAUCAACAGCCUCAGGCUUGAUAUCAUACAGUAGCUAGUCCUUAUUUGUCUUAGCUUGCUUGGGAAUGCAGCACCGCGACUGUCGCGGCGCAUUCACGACGAAAGUCAGUCCGAGAUCCCAACGGCAUUGCAGACUGCAGCAUGUCCCAAUCCCAUCGCAUGGCAACCUCGAGCCUCUAAUCACGAAUAUGGCACCUCCAAGUCAGACUGCCCGAGAACCGUCUAUCCCCAGUACUUCUGAAUACGCCGAGUUUAUCCAGAAGCUUGCCGCAUACCACGAGAAGCGAGGAACCAAUUUUGAGCCUGAACCAAAAGUCGCAAACAGGCGCAUUGAUCUCCUACAUCUUUUCAACCUCGUGGUGGACCGUGGUGGAUACGACAAGGUGAGCGACGAGAAGUUAGCCUGGAGAAAAUUGGCAGGGGAAUUUCACUUGGGAAAUGCCAACUUGCCUGCGUACGCUUUCACCUUGAAGUCCGCAUACUACAAGAACCUUGCAGCAUUUGAGAUUACUACAGUUCACGGUAAAGAACCACCACCCAAGGAGAUCUUAGAGGAGACUACAGCAAAGGGCAGUGGAUUGCUCACUCGCACCUUGGAGAACUAUCGCCCAUCUGUACGCAGAGAGACGAGCGCAUUGGGUAUCGAUUCGGACGGCUCUGGGGACGAAAGUGGAACACCAACGAGAGACACAAUGGCGACCGAGGAGACUCCAGGUUCUGGUGGUAGGGCGACAAGAGGCUUGCGACAAGCUCCACCUCCGCGACAAAUGUGGCAACCAGAACCUCAGAGUUCAAGACAAACACGGAACCUCAAUGCCUCGUCUCACACAUCAACCGCUCAGCAGCAUCACGGACAGCAGCAGCAGCAAAGCCAACAACAACAACUACGAGGCGCCUCUACAUCAUACAAUCCAUCAUCCAAUACCGACAACAUGUCUCUGGCCGUCGCAAAUUAUGAGCCUCGUCCACAAAUGCCUCUUACCCUGCGACAGGUCAUUACUCCAGGAAACAGUGCAGUGGAAUUUGCGCGUCUGCAGAAGGUAUUGAAGGACGCGGCAGCAGCAGGUCAUGGACGAACUCUUGCAUCUACCAAAGGCAUAAUGCUUCCUGGCACUGGAUUUGACGGCCCCAACAUUUACGUGCGCUGCUUAUGUGCCCUGCGGUCUGGAAUACCUGCCGAGCAGGACUAUGCUCUCCAUCAUCUUGUCAAAAUAUCUAUGGAGCGGGGAGACAAGUACCGUUUCGAGGGUUUCCCUGGUCUUGCUGAGGCACUGGUAGAAAAAGUCCUCGAAGUCAGCUCAUUGUUCUACAACGUUGACUGGGAAAUCUCGUACACGGAUGAUGGUGAAAUGGUCAGCGGAGAUGUCAUAAAUGGCCUGACCGGGACCCCAGAUAUUCUUGAGAGGAUAGCUGCACUCUCCAAGCUGAAAGUCGACGACAAUAUCCACACCGCUGAAUUCAGCGACAAGAUGCUUCAGAUCAAUGAGGCUGCUCUCACAUUGCGGAAUAUGGUUAUGUUGGAGGAGAAUGCCCUAUAUGUCCAUGAACUAUCGCCAUUACGAGACUUCUUGAGCAUUGCUCUCAAUUUGCCAAACUUGGAGAGUCUUGUGGAGCUGAAGCAUUACGCUCUCGAUAUUGCUGAGCAAAUGACUAAAUAUCUCCACCUUGGCGAAACCGAUCCUCUCUAUAUUUCGCUUCUCAACCAACUGAAUUCGAAUGAUCGAGGUGCCAUAUUAACAGCUUUGCGAGCAAUUGGAAGGAUAUCCAUGAAUCUGGAGGAGAACAAUCUACUUCAAGGCGUCCCGCUCAGGGCUAUUCAGAACAUUAUUGACUGGACCAUGCUCCAUGACGAAGACCUAGUUCACGCUUGCCUAGAUUUUCUGUAUCAAUAUACAGCUGUGGUCAAGAAUGUGGACUUUCUCAUAUCAGAGUUACAGGUCGAACCUCUCAUAAACCAGCUCGUCAGGCUCUUGCAUUACGGUGUCAAGAUAGUCGAGAGAGAAAUUUAUUAUGCCAGAGAAAUCAAGCGCCCUGCACCAACUACCCUUCCCGCUCUUCCUAAAGAGAUAUUUUCUCAGCUCGUCCAAGUCGAAGAACCUGAGCGAAGCUCUCAAUGGCUUCGUUGCCUGUUUGAAGAAGACCCAGACGAGUCUAUCACGCAGAUAACUCUCUGGCAAGCCUAUCAAGCAUGUUUCACACUUCCUCCAGGCAGUUCCAACGUCGCUAUGCUUGCAGCGGCUGAUUUUAUCAAAAACGUCAGCACUACCUUCGAAAAAGCCGCAGCUCAAGUCCAAUCCGGAAUCGCGCCAAAAUUCAUCAUCAAGGGUAUCAGAAUGCGUAGUGUUCCAGUUGAUCCCAAGGGCGAAGAGGCGAGCAAGUGUUUGUGGCAGGGACCAUUCGGUGGGGCUGAGCCAUGUGGUCAGUUCUUUAUGAGCCCAGAGACCAUGUUCCAGCAUAUCCUCAGAGAACACCUUGGAGCUAGACAACUGGAAGAUGGCAAAUUCGAAAACACGUCCAACAGACAGUACAAAUGCCUCUGGGACAGGUGCCAUCGUUUCAAGUCUGCCCCUGCGACAAAAUUAUUGGACAUCGCAAAUCAUAUCAAAGUUCACCUUCCGCCGCGCCACGUUCCUCGCAAUGAACCUGAACAUUCCGGUCCUCCGCCAGCCAAGAAGUCAAAGCCAUCUUAUAUUAUCUCUGCUCCAAAGCGGAGUCUCAUCUUCCAAGUUACUGCUCAAGAUGAACGUUCUGAAGCUGCUGGAAUCCCUCUCAGUGCGGUACUGGUGCUUCGGAAUCUAGCUCGAAAUAUAUCAAAGACCGACGCCGAGGCAACGGCAAAGACGGAGGGUGGAGUUUCUUGGCUUGAUCGACUUUUCAAGCCCGUCGAGCCACGGCUCUUUGAGAUUCUGGCGCACAAUAAGUCCUUGGCUGUUUACAUCACGGAUCUGGUGGGGGCGAUCAAGUCAUAGAGAGAGGCGCGUGUUAGGAGGGUUAAUAUCUACGGUAGCUUGUUAUGGACGGAAAUCGGGGCGUAUUGGCGCAGAAAUAAGCUCACAGUUGAAAAGACUUUGUAGGAUAAUUGGUUGAUACCUAGACGUGGUAGCGGUGGGCGAUGAUGACGAAUAUCACUGAUGCUAAAAGCUUAGACUCGCUUGUCAAAGAGAUCUGGUUGCCAUUGCCCAUGUACAGAUGAAGGCGGCGUUUCAAACAGGUCAACUGAAAAAGCAAUGGUGCUCUCAUGCUUUGCCUGCGCAUGCCAGUCCUGCGCAUAUUCCUUGUCCAAUGGUUUCCUUCGCGUGGAACCGAUGUUUAUAACAGCACCGCCUAUUUCAACAGCUUGCAAGCAAAGUCUCAGUCAUACACAUCUAUUCCAAACGCGGAGGUAACAAAGCGGAUAGAGAUGUUCCUGAUAGCUUACAUGUCUCGUGGAAGCAACAGCAUGUGGUGGAGCUCAGGGGAAAGCAACCGGGACGCCAUGAUAGUGUAAUCCAUGUACUUGAGUUUGGUCGUGAUAAUACUGUGUGGAAAAUUAAUUCCUGGUAACCUGAGAUAGCUACGAUAUGUGUCACAAAUGACUUGAAAGUAAAUCGAUGGUUAGGGGUUUGGAUCCCUGGGAACUUUACCAAGGUCUUUGAGAUCUGUGUUCAUCAACAUGACUGUUCUGAAACUCCAUGGCGGCUGAAACUUUUCUCCUGUACGAUAGUCAACAUAGCAUUGUGGAGGACUAUGAAUACGAUCUAAGUAAAUUAUAACUCUUG